UGACUAUUAAUUAAUUAAUAAGAGAUUUAAUCCUUUUAAAAAACAAACUCAAAGAGUGAAUUUGAAAGCCUUGAUGUUUCGGAGGGCGCGUGCAUUUGGGCGGCACGGUUCACUCACUUCUCCCUUCCCAAUCAAUUAGCAUGAACCAAAUCCACAUUGUAGUUGAGGAGGGAAACAGCUCCACCAUGGCGCUCUCAACGUUGACACUCCCUGACUUGGCCGAGGGCCACAUUGGCGACUUGAUUCUUCACUACAGUUACUCUAUAGUAGCUGGGAUUUUGGACGAUAAGGAGGAGAUGGAAGAGCAUUGGGAUGCACUCCAUUACUUUUGGCACAAUGUGUACCCUCAAAACAAGCAAAGCCUCCAUGGCCGUUUGUCCAAUCGCGUCAAGCUGGCCGACAUUGUCAUGAUGGCCACUCACGUGGAUCCCUACAGUACCACUGAUGAAGCUACUACUUUGCCGCACGAAAAACCGCUCAUUCGCUGGAACCGUCAAGAUUGGGAUCUCUUGGAAGAAAAGCUGGAAGACGCCCACACGAGUUUGUUGCGACGAGAUGCCAACAACACGGUCAAUCACGUGGAUCAGGAAAAUCCAGAACCGCAUCCAUCGCGAGCCAAGUACGACAUGUACAACAAUGAGUACACGCGAGUUCUCAAACAGAUUCAUGUCAGUCGAGCUAUCUGUCCCAUUCGACACUUGUUGGAGGCGGAUGUCAACGAGCAGAAAUGGGAUUUUCCAAGUAUUGAACAGGAACAACUCGAGGAACUCAAAAGCUACGUUGAUGCCAUGGACCAUGGCCGGAUUAAAAAAUUUCUAGAGGAAUUCCUGGAAAUGGACGGGGAAGAAAUUAUUCUAAAUGUCGGGAAAUUGAAGGCCGAAUACCACCGCCGACCCUUCAACUUUCUAAAGCUGCAAAUCGACAUUGUCGCGCUCUUGAAAGACUGGAGCGAGGAUGUCUUUACAACCAUGGCUCCUCCUCUCACACAAUUCUACGCUCAAUACGAAAGCCAACAACACGAGAGCAACAACAAUUAUCAGGAGGGCGAUGAUAGUUCUACUACUGACGAGAGUAAUACGGAGAACCAACCUCCGGUGAAAUACAAGAAAAGAAGGGCGCGCAAAGACAUGGCCAAUGACAAAGAGGUUGACGAUGAUAGUUCGCGGGACAAUCGGAAACCGGCUGCCAAGUCUUCUUCUCGACGAAAAGUGCAAAAUAUGCAACACGCUCGGACGGUUCUAGGCGAGGCGGUAGAUGAUCCCCUCGAAGCAACAUACUCAGUGGCAUCGCGUGCCGGUCGUUCACCACACAACAACAAUAUACAAGACGACUCGAGUCAAAGAGACGAAGAGGAACCCCUUGCAAAAGAGCGCGGAUCCAGCAAAAAGCAUAAAGGCAAGCACAAGAAAGGAAGGAUUAUUGACACGGACGAGGAAGAAGAAGAAUCGCUGGCCAACAAAAAACGCCGCAAGGUCGGGAGUGGCAGAAAAAAGAGAAAAGACGAAAUCUGGGACGAAGACUCGGACGGUGAUCAAAAGGUUGGACUGUCGUCGUUGCCAAACCACCCCAAGGCCAAAGGACCUCGAAAACAGCGAAGGUUCUAUUCCUCGGAAGAAAAGCAAGCUCUACGGGAAGGAAUCAACGAGCAUGGAGUCGGCAAAUGGAAAGAAAUUCUGGAUGACCACAGCGAAGUGUUUCAAGGAAGAACUUCGGUGAAUCUCAAGGAUCUUUAUCGUACCAUGACCAAGAAUGGCGAAAUCUAGUUUGUUGGGACGUGUAGAUUGGUCACUGUAUGCAUGAUACUUGUUUGGUGUGUGCUUGUACAAGGGCCGUUGAUGUUUGGUGCAAAAUCAGCAGCUAGCUGUGAGGUCGCUGCUUCUUGGGAAAUUAAUGGAAUGGAUAGCACCGAAUAGAUCCAGGAUGUAUAGGCAUGGAUACUAGUAGAUGGCCUUUUAUAUUCGUGUGCUUUAGCUAGCUACAUCAUGUAAACACUCGGAGGGCACCCAGAAUGGGGGCCGAAGACCUCACUUGCUUCCUGCUCGUACAUGUGGUACUUCUGUGUUGAAGCAGGUACAUCGUAACAGCUCUUUGCACGUAGCUACCGGUAGAGGAACUCCU